GGCAACCAGAUGAAAAGCCUAUCAGUGAACGUGCUUCCAGUCCAGUAAAACAUGGAGAGGAAAAUCCCGUCCAGAGAGAGCCCCAGAAGACUCUCAGCCAAGUUAGCCAGGGGCACAGAGAUGAAAAAAGUAUCUCGGCAGGUCGGCACGGUAGCUGCCGAGUCAGAUAAGGAUUCUGGAUUUUCAGAUGGGAGCUCAGAAUGUCUGAGCUCUGCAGAGCAGAUGGAGUCCGAGGACAUGCUGAGCGCCUUGGGCUGGGGCAGAGAAGACAGGAUGAGGCAGAGCUCCAGUGCUGCAAACAGUGCCUUCCCUACGCUGUCACCCAUGGUUGUCAUGAAGAAUGUGCUGGUCAAGCAGGUGAGGAGGACCA